UUCUUAAGAAACAUUAACAACUUAAUACAUUAUUUUAAUUACGUAUUAAUUCCGUUUUCUUGACAAUAUGCGUCUAUUAAGCUCAAUAGCGGUAAUGGUGCUUUUGUGCGGUUUGGCUGCCGCAGGACAUUUUCAUCAUGAGGGUCAUGGUGGUGGCGGUGGUGGCAAAGAGGUCGGUUAUAGUGUGGUAACCUCACAUGGAGCUGGUGGUCAUGGUGGUGGUGGUGGUCAUGGUGCUGGUGGUCAUGGUUCUGGUGGCCAUGGUGCUGGUGGUCAUGGUUCUGGUGGCCAUGGUGCUGGUGGUCAUGGUUCCAAACAUGGUUAUGAUGGUGGUCAUGCUGCUUUCGGUGGCGGUUAUGGCGGUCAUGAUGAUGACGAUGGCCAUGGUCAUUAUGCCCCAUCCUAAAUAUGAAUUUGAUUAUGGUGUUAAGACUCGAAAACCGGUGACAUUAAAAGUCAAUCAGAAGCCAGAGAUGGUCACAAAGUUAAGGGCAGCUAUACUUUAAAAGAAGCCGAUGGCACAACUCGUCAUGUCGAAUACUCUUCCGAUAUAAAAGAAGGGAUUUACAGCUGUUGUUCAUAAACUAGGAGAAGCUACGGCAGCUGAUGGUGGACAUGGUGGCCAAGGGGGUUAUGGUGG